AAAACCGGCGAAAGAAAUUUAACUAAUUUCAACCAAUCCUCAAAGAAAUGUUGAAGAUUAACCGGCGAUUCCUGCUGCAGCAGUGCCUCCGCCACGCCCACAACCAGGUGCGCGUUCGCUUCGCCCCCAGUCCCACGGGUCACCUGCAUUUGGGCGGACUGCGCACAGCUCUCUACAAUUUUCUGUACGCCAGGCAUUUCGGCGGAAAAUUUCUGCUCCGGAUCGAGGAUACGGAUCAGACGCGACUGGUGCCUGGUGCCAGUGAACGCCUGGUGGAGGAUCUGCUCUGGGCGGGCAUAGAAAUUGACGAGGGACCCGGUUUUGGCGGUCAACUGGGACCCUAUGUUCAGAGUCAUCGAAAGGAGAUUUACAGUAAAGCCAUAGAGGAACUCCUGCAGAACGGAACCGCCUACAGGUGUUUCUGCACCGAACGCCGUCUGGAUUUGUUGCGUAAGGAGGCGCUGAGAACCCGGCAAGUUCCACGCUAUGAUAACAAGUGCCGUCAUCUCACUGAGACGGAAAUCGAUUCCCUCCUGGCCAAGGGUACGCCCCACUGCAUCCGUUUCAAGCUGACAGACCACGAGGAACCACUGGAGGAUCUCAUUUACGGCAAGGUGCACCACAAUGUCAGCGAUACCGAGGGUGAUCCAGUCAUCAUGAAGAGCGAUCAGUUCCCCACAUAUCACUUUGCCAACGUGGUGGACGACCACCUUAUGGGCAUCACCCAUGUCCUGAGGGGAGUGGAGUGGCAGAUAUCCACCACCAAGCAUUUGCUGCUCUACAAAGCUUUUGGCUGGCAGGCACCUAAAUUCGGCCACCUGCCGCUUCUCGUAAAUGCCGAUGGCACCAAGCUGAGCAAACGCCAAGGAGACAUUGGCAUCCAGCACUUCCGGGAACGGGGCUACUUUCCCCUAUCCCUUGUUAACUAUGUGGUUUCUGCUGGCGGUGGAUUCGAGCAUAAAGCCAAUGCCAAGCAGCAGUUGCUCAGCAUGCAGAAUCUCUAUGAGCAGUUCCACAUAGAGCGAGUAAACUCGCAUCCCAGUCGCCUUAAUCCCGAAUUGCUGGAUGAUUUCAAUCGUCUGGAGAUGGCAGAACGUUUGUCGGCUGAUGAAAGCCGUUUGAAAUUGGUCAAACAAGUUCAAGAGCUGGUGAAGAAGGCCUAUCCACAGCAUUCCAACUUGGAUCUAGCUGAGGACCACAUAGUGGAUGUGCUGAACUGGUCCUCACAGCGUUUAACACUGCUCCAAGAUUUGACCAGCAGCAAAUUGAGUUUCCUGUGGGUGAAGCCAUCGGAAUUCAAACUUAAGGACCUGAAAGCAGAGCAAUUAGAUAACAUACUCACAUUACUGAAAGCCAUCCCAGACUUCCACAAAGAUGAACUCAACAUUAAGCUGAAAAACUUUGCUCAACAAGAACACAUCAAAUUCCCGCUUAUGAUGAAAACCUUAAGGGCCGCCCUGAGUGGCUUAAAAGAGGGUCCUGGCGUGGCGGAAAUGAUGGAGAUCCUAGGCAAAUCGGUAACCCUUGAACGACUCAAAGAAGCUCUGCCCCAGGAAAGAGUCAAUUUAGAGCAAAACCAAUAAUUUGGUUAAGUUUUGUUAUAUUUUGUAUAUAGAAUUUAAGUAUAGAUUAUUUUUUAUAUUUAUAUAUUGAUAACUGUUGCAAUUUGAGAAUAAGAUCAAUGAGUAGACACCACAAUAA